AUUUCAGUGACGCACGAUAUCAGCGCCGGCCUGUUUCAUUAUUAUCAUAGACAGUAUAUAUUAUGGACUGUAAAAACAGUCAAUGUUCUGAACGGUGCACAGACACGUCGACGAUGGACAGCAAGGAAAAGAGAAAGGGUAUCCUGGAGCGACUAAAUGCUGGGGAGGUGGUUGUAGGAGAUGGAGGUUAUGUGAUGCAGCUAGAGCGACGUGGCUAUGUGAAGGCUGGACACUGGACACCUGAGGCUGCUGUUGAACAUCCUGAAGCAGUUCGGCAGCUGCACAGGGAGUUCCUGAGAGCAGGAGCCAAUGUGAUUCAGACAUUCACCUUCUACUGCAGUGAGGAUAAACUGGAGAUCAGUGGCAAUGUCACCAACAUCACCGGGGCCCAGAUCAAUGAGGCAGCCUGUGACCUGGCCAGGGAGGUAGCCAAUGAGGGUGAUGCAUUGGUCGCUGGGUGUGUGUCUAAGACUCCCUGUUAUGUGAAGAGUCACAGUGAGACUGAGGUCAAGGCCAUCUUUAAGAAACAGAUGGAUGACUUCCUCAAGAAGGACAUUGAUUUCUUUAUAGUGGAGUUUGUUGAUCAUGUGGAAGAGGCAGUAUGGGCAGUGGAGGUGCUUAAGACCAGCGGUAAACCAGUGGGUGCAACACUGUGCAUCUCCCCUCACGGAGACAUGCACGGAGUCCCACCUGGACAGUGUGCUGUCAGGAUGGUCAAAGCUGGAGCUGACAUUGUUGGAGUAAAUUGCCACUUGGACCCUCUGACAUGCGUUCAAACAGUGAAGUUGAUGAAAGCGGGAUUAGAGAAAGCUGGUCUCAAAGCCCAUCUCAUGAUCCAGCCGCUGGGCUUUCACACACCUGAGUGCAACAUCGGCGGAUACACCAGCCUACCCGAAUACCCCUUCGCAUUGGAGACCAGAGCAAUGACCCGCUGGGACAUCCAUAAGUACGCCAGAGAGGCGUACAAUGCUGGAAUUCGCUACAUUGGUGGCUGCUGUGGAUUUGAGCCCUACCAUAUCAGAGCUAUAGCAGAAGAAGUGGCUGCAGAGAGGGGAUUCCUCCCACCAGCUUCAGAGAAGCACGGACUUUGGGGAGCUGCUCUGGAGAUGCACACUAAACCCUGGGUCAGAGCCAGGGCUCGUCGGGAGUACUGGGAAAACCUUUUGCCUGCUUCUGGACGUCCCAAAUGCCCUUCCAUGGCCACACCAGCCGAUGAUUAUGAAAAACAGCUUGAAACAAAAAUACAAAUGUGAUCUCUUGUAUACACUAUGCAGUUUGCUGUAUUCUUUAUAUGUAUGAUCAGAUGGUCCCCUUUUUCAUAUACUGUAAUGAAUGGCAAUUGAGGAUCUGAUUAGCCAGAUCUUUGUUUACAGAUUUGUGAAAUGCUUUGUACUGUUUCAAAACUCAACAGCCCCUCUCAUUAUUUUAUUAUUAGGCCGUUGGCUUGGCCAUAAUACACAUACUAUAACUUGGGUUCGGUCAUCAGUGAAUCAGCUGCUUCCUCUAUUUUCUGUAACUAUAUGCUCUAUCCCCAAACCUAAUAAUACAUAGAUUGAACACAGUUGGCCUUUUACUAGUUAAUAGUCUUUUUUGUUGUAAAACCUCUUCAUAAGUUAAUCAUAUUUGUUGAUUGAUUGGUGUAAUUUGCGGAAAAAUAUUUUCACAUAAAUAAAUAAAAAUGAUUUUGUUUUUCCAACAAGAAACGCACUGCUAAACUGUAAAAAGAAACGCACUGCUAAAUGUGUUGCUGUAUACAGAUAGGUUUAGUAAGUGAAGUGGCCCAACUUCAAUCACCUGUCUCUACUGAACAUUUCUGUAUAGUGAAAUAUGACUAUACUGUAUUCCUUGUAUGUCUGAUCAUAUUACUUUUUAUUUCUCUAAACUGUGUCAUGAAUAACAAAUUUCACAUAAAAACAAAGCUGGUAUCUUUACCCAUCACUGCAUUUAUUAGUUGUAAACAUCCUCACAAGCUGUCGUAUGUGUUGUUAGAUUGCUGAAUUUUUGCCACUAACUAUUUCUAGCAAUGUUGAUUUGUUAAAAAGUAAUGCUAUGUUUUUGUUAUUCAGAGAUAUGAGACACUUUUGUGCAAAAUACACAGGUUGUUGUACAAAUCAAUAUCAAUAUUUAUGGUAUCUUGUUAAGAUAACAGGUCCCACACAGAUUUGCACUUUGAUUGCUGGAUUCAGAGUCCAAAGUGCUAACCAUAACCAUUGCUAAGUUAGGAACACUUAAUACAUUUGGUGAUCAGUCAUCAUCAGUAAAGAAAAACAUGGAUUUAUGGCUAAGAUAUAUCCAUAUUUUUCAAGCACUUCCAAGCACCUUAUCAAAGCCUAAACCUUGGUUCAGUGUGUUCACAUAUGAUUAAAAAGAAAUUGAUCAAUUUAUGAUUGCUUAGUUAUGGCCAACAGUAAUGGUUCAAUGACCAG